AUGGCGUCCUUUCUCUCCUACCUGGAGUACUUCCUCGUCGGCUACGCGGCCCUGACGCUCGCCUUCUACAUGCUAUCGUUCGUGGUGCCCAAGGCGGCCUUCGUGGCCCGCUCCCUCGCCUCAUACAUAUGCCUCGUCUGGGCCGCAUGCUUUGGUGUUGUUGCGUCCAUCGUCCUGAGCCCGACAGGCUACAGGCUGGUCGCGGCGUGGGCCACGGCCCGCUUCUUCAAGCUCGUCAUGACCGCCACGACCAACAUUACCUUCGACGUCGACGACCCCAAGCAGCACAUGAAAUCCCGCCCCGCCGUCUUCCUCGCCAACCACCAGACGGAGCUCGACGUGCUCAUGCUUGGCUCCACCUUCCCCAAAUACUGCAGCAUGACCGGCAAGGCUUCGCUGCGGAGGACCCCCUUCCUCGGCUGGUUCAUGUCGCUCAGCGGCGCCAUCUUCCUCGACCGCGCCAACAGCCAGAGCGCCCGCUCGACCAUGAACGCCGCCGCCAACGAGAUCCGCAGCAACCGCCAGAGCGUCUACAUCUUCCCCGAGGGCACCCGCAGCUACAGCAAGGACCCCGUGCUGCUGCCGUUCAAGAAGGGUGGCUUCCAUCUCGCCGUCCAGGCCCAGGUGCCCAUCAUCCCCAUCGUUGUCGCCAACUACAGCCACAUUCUGUGGAUCAGGGGCUUGCUGUUCAAGUCUGGGAGGAUCCCGGUCAAGGUGCUCGACCCCAUCUCGACGACGGGCCUCACGGCCGCCGACGUCGACGAGCUGACCAGGACGACCCGGGAGCUGAUGCUCAAGGAGCUCAUUGCGCUCACAGAGAAGGCGCAAGGGCGGAAGUUUGCAGUGUCCGUUGCGAGCACGGCAGCAAACGGCGUGGCCAAGGCAUCUGGGAUUGAUAUCAAGGUUGCCGCAUGA